AUGUCGCUAGUCACCCAGACACAGACGGUCACAGACACAGCCACUACCGUGGUCCCAGCAGACACCACAAUCGUCACGGACGUAACAACAACGAUAACAUCUCACUUCUACACCACCUUGACAGCCACACAUGGCCAAACAGUCACCAUCUCCUCGCCCUCACCCUCGCCGCCUGCGCCGCCCGCCGCUCCUACCACGAAAUACACUCCCACUCCCAUCAUAGCCACCACAACAGAGACAUCAUCCGUUACAAUCACUGAGAUUGAUGUGUACCUGCAGAAUGACCAUGGCAGCCUGUAUUCCACCUGGGUCAUCUCGCUCCCAGUCGCCACGGGCCCUGCCACCACGUCUUCUGAACCUCCGACCCCUCUGAUUUAUGUGGUGGAACCGCAGCAGCAGCAUCAUGGUGGAUGGGAUGGCUGGUCCACGGGUGCAAAGGUCGGAUUGAUCGUGGGUUCGGUUUUGGCAGGCCUGCUGCCCUUGUCUCUCAUCUUCUGGUGCUGCAAGAGACGAAAGAUAUGGGUUGUCCAUGGUUGGCCGUGGUCAACUGCAGCACACGUUGCGCGUCCUCCUCAUCCAGGCCAGCCGACCUUCGUCAAUGGACCGGUCUUACCUUUAAACCAUCCCCAUCCACACGGUCGGGCGGCUUAUGGUUAUGGAUAA